CACAUCCACCUGCGCCUGCAUGACAGAGGCCUUUCCGGCUGCACCAAGGGGCACUGUGGGCCAAGGCCACUGGGAUCCCAGUUCAGAUCCAUGCUUCUGCCUCUUGAGCAAUCCUGCUAAAGCUGAAUUGGAGCCUGCACUAUCAGGAUUGGUGUCUGCUCUCCAUCUUCAGAAAUAGCAAAAGCUGGAAGCAAGGUACAGAAGUCAGGCUAAAUAAUCCUUGUCUUUACUCAGUUUCAUACAAUUAUUCACACCCCUUUUCUGUUAGAGUUUCUGUCCUUUAUUCAGGUACAGAGGUGCCCCUUUACUCAUCCUUGCACCUAGUUCUGCCUCCGUUUCACCUGUUUUUGUUUCUGAGAUGGAAGAGAUCUGGCAAAGCUCAUCCCAACAGCCAAAAUGCCUCCAGCCCCGGGACACGAUGACACAAAGAUCAAAUUCCAUUGGCAACUGGUCCCUCCUCACCUUGCACCCAUCUCCCAUCAGCUGCAUGUCUUGGUGCAAAAACACAACGACCGCAUUUUGUAAGUGGAGCUCACCGUGCAGUGAAACCCUGUGAAAUGUCCCAGCUCCCCUCCUGACCUUCAAGGGCUUGGGCUGGAUUUAGUUACUGACUGUGUUCAUCCUACUCCUGCCCUCCUUCUGGCAGUGCUGAGGUGGAGGAGAAAGGUGUUCAGUCUUGGCUGUUAAACUUAGUCACGCCUGUAAUUAACAAAAUGAUUAAAGACUGGUUCAUUCCACUUUACUUGGAACUGGCAGGUACAAAACACUCCCUACUUUUGUUGGUUUGUUUCUAUUUAUAUUCCUCAUGCACUGUUGCACCAGUGCCUUGGCACUGCCAGGUCCAGAGCUGGCUAGGGCACUGCCAUCAGUAUCAUAUGAAAACAUGUGAGUUCGUAUUAACAUGAUGUCUUAUACUGUCAGUAACAAGGGCUGGUGAGAGCACUAGAGAUGAUCCAUUCAGCUGGACAGACGGCCAGUCAUUUUCAUCUAAAUCAACCAUUCAAAGUAUUGUCUUGCCAGACAAAUACUUAUGUGACAGGGGAACAGCCCUCUCCAAUGAGGAAAAUGAAGGUACAUUUACACAGAAGCAGGUUGGAGAGGCUGAGCCAAAGCCCCUCAUUGCUGACACUCAGCAUCCCAACUAAUAGAGCUACCACUACAUGGUUACAGAAGGAUGUAGACAUUAUUUUCUGCAGAACUGGAGCAUGGGAGAUUGAGGUUGGAUUUUGGAAAGAGCCUUCCAACUAUGAGCAGGUCACCUAGAGAGGCUGUGGGAUCUCCCUGACUGGAAGCUUUUAAGUGCAGGUCAGACGUUUGGUUUGGAUAAUCCUGGCUUGAGCAGGAUUUGGGCUGGAUGGCCUAUGUGGAAAAAAAGGGAAGGGGAACUCCAGGCAGGACUAGAGCACGGAGAAGGGGGCAGAUAGGUCACAGACAACCUCUCUCAGCAGGAGACAUGAUCCACAGCUGCUGGGCUGAGCAAGACAAACAGUGAAAACCUUUCUGUGAGAUGCAAAAUCGGCAGGGCGACAAGAUCUUGCACAAGUAUGAAUGGUCUUUGUAGCCCAUGCCAGGCCCUGCUUGUCAGCCUACUUUUUACAAUUGCAUCACCGCUCCAGGUGUCUGGCCUGCCAGAAAGUGGGUUGCCAAACAUUUCCCAUUCUCCCAGUCCUCAAUAUCCUCUUACUCACCACUUGUGGCUCACCCUUCUACUCCUUACUCAACUUCUGAGGACGGGAAACUAUUUUUAGGAUUUGCCUUUGGAUAUAUCAGGACCUCUAGCUCUCCCUCCUGGAUUUCCCACAUCAGAGAAGCACAGAAAGUAGCUGCAGGGAAAGGUGAUGAGGUACGGCUAGGCUUUGCUCGUCUUGGUAAGAUUUGUUGUUCGUAUUGAUUUACCUGUCUUUGGGGGAGGGGUGAGUUUGGGUGGAGAAGAGAAUCUUGCUUUAAAAAUACCAGCAAUAUACCUGCAAUGCUGGAGAGAGGCUGGGUGUAGUAGGGCAAGAAGGCAUUUGGUGACCCAGCCCCAGCUCUUAUCACUCCUUAUACUGACAGGUGACCAUCGCUUUGGGGAAGUUCCUUUUGUGCUGUUCACAUCAGGGACGUGACAAGGCAGGGAAAAGGAUUAUAAGACACAGCUUCGGCAUUUUCACUUCCUAAAAGCAUGACACUGAACUUCCUUUUGACCAUGUGGCCUCUUGAAUUCAUACCAGGAAGAGUAGCAGCAGCACCCUGGGAGGGGGUGUAAUGAGGCAUGCGUCAUCAAUAUAAAAGCUUCUGUGGCAUGGGCAGGGAGAUGGCACAAAUCAUCAGCAGUGUGUAUGUGAAGGGGAUACAUCCUGGCAGUCAGAGUUGCUCUCUCAUGACUCUGCUUCUCUACUGAUUUUCAGGCCUUUUUAUCUGCCUUGUGUGUGUUACAAAGCAAGACAGCUAGACCCGUUUUCUCCAGGACAUUUCCUCAGAGCAGGCCCAGAGGAAGAUUAGCCUGCAGACAUCAUGCUUGAGGUGAUGCAAAUACGGACCUGGAUUGAGCCAGUGGUUGCUGGUGCCCAGGUAGCCAGCUCAUUCUAUGACACAGGACUGCUGCUGGUGGUGAAAAACUACUACAACUGGACCAACUCAACCGCCCCAGCACAUUUGCUUGAGGACAGACAGCAGAAAGCAGUCUCUAACUUCUACAUCAUCUACAACUUGGUCCUGGGCCUAAGCCCCUUGGUGUCAGCUUAUGGUUUGGCGAAGCUUGGGGACAGAAAGAACAGGAAGAUCUCCAUCUGCUUGCCCCUCCUGGGCUACCUGGUCUCUAGGGCCCUGCUGCUCCUUUUGAUCCUGCUUGAGUGGCCGAUCGAGGUGAUGUAUGGAGCUGCUGCCUUAAAUGGCCUGACCGGAGGCUUCACUACUUACUGGGCGAGUGUCAUGGCUCUAGGGUCACUGGCCUCCUCGGAGAGCAGGAGGUCUCUGCGGCUCAUCAUUAUCGAGUUGAUCUAUGGGAUGGCAGGCUUCUUGGGAAGCAUUGCAUCUGGGCACAUCUUUGUCCAUUUCAACCUCAGCUACCGCCAGGGCACUGUGCUUGUGGCUUGCAGCAUUGCCUGCUAUGCCUUCUGCCUCACCUACAGCCUCUUUGUCCUUCAAGUCCCCAAACUGGAAGGUACCCACCCAGCUUUGGCAGAUAACAGCAAAGCCAAGGAUGUAAAUCAGCUUGACAGCCCACUGCCACCUGAUGAAAGGACUGUAGGGAGUUGGGGCUCCUGUGAGAAGGAAGGCCACACACCUGUGAUGCCCUCGAAACUCAUCAUCGCCAUGCUCUUUGUGGGGGCUGUCAUGUAUGACCUAGCGGUUGCGGGAGGCAUAGACGUGCUCCAGCUCUUUGUGCUCAAGGAACCUUUAAGUUGGAACGGGAUUCAGGUUGGCUACGGCAAUGCCGCUGGCUACGUGAUCUUCCUCACCAGCUUCCUGGGAGUGUUUCUGUUCUCCAAAUACUUAAGGGACACUACCAUGAUCACGAUCGGCAUACUGUCUUUCAGUACUGGCAUUCUCAUCAUGGCCUUUGUGCGAAGGACUUUCCAGUUCUACAUCGCUCGGGCAGUGAUGUUGUUUGCACUCGUUCCUCUACCAACCAUCAGAUCGGUGUUGUCCAAACACAUAGAAGGAUCAUCCUACACCAAGGCAUUUGUCCUGCUGCAGCUGGCAUUAGUGAUCACUGGAGUGGUGACAUCCACACUCUACAACAAAAUAUAUCAAUGGACACUGGACUGGUACAGCGGCUUCUGUUUCAUUUUGUCUUGCAUCAUCGGUUGCCUAAGUAUCAUCCCCAUCAGCAUUGUGGCCUUCAAGCAACGUUCAGCAUCUGGUUCCUUUAAAGUUCUGACAGACUGACACCAUGUAGUGGAAAUUUUUUUGAGCACUGGAGCCAUGAGGCAGGGUGGAGGAGCACCCUGGCUUACUGCCUCAGAGGACUUACAAGAAAAUAGAGAGAACUGGGUCUGCCACUUUAGUCCCUGUGGUUUAAACAGAAAUUGCUAGCAAUCCUCAUAAAAAGAACCGUGCCAGUGGUAACCAUGUGACAGCACCAUCUCAAAAGUAGCCAGCAGGCCAAGCACAAAGCACUUAAUAGGCAUAAACCCACUACUCACCAACAGGAAGACUGCCCUACUGUUUUUACAGAGAAUGGUUGCAGAAAAUGUUUCCAAGUUAGUUCAUCAUUACAUUUCAGAUAGUGUAAAAAGGGAAACUGUCACUGCAGCUAGUAGGUCCACCCCCCUCCAGUUGCCACUGUAAUUGGAAAGUUCAUUCAUUUCAGUGAUUGCAAAGAACUGAAGUAUAGGGCUUGGACCAAGUUGUUAGAUAGAUUUUGAGGUGGUGGGGCAAAGGUUUGGGAACAGAAGAGGGGUGCAGACCAUGCCAGAGUAAACACUUUAUCCACUGAAAAACCCCUUAAGACAUUUUCAGGGACUUUAGAUUAGGAAAGUGUUAAGGAGCAUCAGAAGUUAAAAAACGCACAAAAAACCCCACACAGUUCUUGACCAGGGUGCAGAGCAAGUGCAUUAAUCCACAUCAUUCAAAAAGGCUACUGUGGAGGGGUGGGGCGUUGACUAAAGAUGAUCCAUCAAUAACUUGGUAUUCAAAGUCUUUAUACCUAUUUGAGCAGAGACUGACAAAUCUAGGAAGAGUCCUUCAAUGGUUACUCAA